ACGGUCGUCACAUCGUCGCCAAAAUUACGCAACAUCGUGCCCGCUCCCGCUCGUUUACUCCGUAAUCUUUUAUGCAAUUUUAUGUUUUCGCCAAGAGCUUGCGUUCGUUUAUAUCCAUCGUACUGGUUGCAACGAUCUGCGCGUUGAAGAUAAGAUUUACAUAUAUCCACGAACACGUGCCGCGUAAGGACGAAGAAAAUACAAUAAUAACAGGCGAACAGAGGAGUCGGCAUCUACGCGGUAAUUCGUUUCGACUAGUAAGAAUUAUACACGAGUACUUGGCAUUGUUGCUAUAACGUGUCACGACCUCGAAAAUAUGUUUUCCAGCAAAUUUCCGCGCGUGACAACGUUUACAACGUGACAGCGUUUAGAUUCUACGGUCGGGGUUUCAAUCUUCCAGCUUCCGAGGGAAAACAGUUCGCAUUGAUCAUGGUUUCUCAUUUCGACGCGAGAAUUACCAUUUAGCGGAGAAUACGUAUUUAAUCGGCCAGUUAUUCUCCGUUCAACGUAGGUGACGAGUAUUUGAUUUUUACGGAUCGUCUUCUCACGGUUCCGAGAUCUCGAGUUACGCAAUGUUUUGAUGAGGAGGAAGAAGCAAGGAGUCACCGAGGGCGGAGAAGCGUCGAUUCUGCUACUCGUCGCAUUGACUCCUGUUAUCUGUUCCGCUGGAAUCCUGGACCCUUGGCAGUGGGCACGUAGCGAUCGAAUCGACGUCAACAUUCCUUGGUUGCCGUUCGAGAACGAGACACGAUGCUACGACGAGCUAGGGUGCCUGAACAUAACCAGAAGCUGGUAUCACCUUAUCCAUAGACCGCUCAACGUCUUCCCUUUACCACGAGAAGUCAUCAAUACGAAAUUUAUUCUAUACACGAACGAUAAUAACGUCGAAGGCCAGACCUUGUCAGCCGCGAAGGACAAGUCAAUAAAACGGUCGUACUUCGAUCCGAAAAGGAAAACAAAAUUCAUUAUACACGGAUUCAUAGAUACACCGCUCAGCAAUUGGGUCAACGAAAUGAGAAACGAAUUAUUGAAGCACGACAACUACAAUGUCAUCAUAGUUGACUGGGGUGGAGGAAGUUUGCCGCUUUAUACUCAAGCAACCGCCAACACGAGACUGGUGGGCCUCGAAAUAGCUCAUCUCGUUAAACACCUGCAGACAAAUUAUGGACUGGACCCAAAUGACGUGCACCUGAUCGGACACAGCUUGGGGGCACAUACCGCGGGAUAUGCAGGAGAAAAGAUGGGAGGGAAGGUUGGUCGUAUUACGGGAUUGGAUCCUGCAGAGCCCUAUUUCCAAGGGAUGCCCAGUCACGUAAGACUGGACUACACCGACGCCAAGUUGGUCGACGUCAUUCACACCGAUGGCAAGAACUUCUUUUUCCUAGGGCUUCCCGGAUAUGGAAUGAUUCAACCAUGCGGCCACCUGGACUUCUACCCGAACAAUGGCAAGGAACAGCCAGGAUGCACGGAUCUCAGCGAAACUACCCCUUCCUUGCCUUUAACCCUGAUCAAAGAAGGUCUGGAAGAAGCGUCGCGAGUACUGGUUGCCUGCAAUCAUGUGCGUUCCAUAAAACUCUUCACCGAGAGCAUCAACUCCAAGUGCCAAUACGUGGCCCACGAGUGUUCCAGUUACGCCAGCUUCCUCAAAGGCGAAUGUUUCUCGUGCAAGAGCAACAACAGUCUUAGUUGCGGUAUCAUGGGUUAUCAUGCAGACACCAGUCCAGCUUUGGUUGGAAGGCAGGCUAUGGGACAGGAUAUUCUGUCUCUGCUCGGGUCGAAAUUCUUCUUCGCCACUGGCAAAGAAGAUCCUUUUUGCAGGAGACAUUACAGGAUCACCAUCGAUCUUGCCCGGCCACCGAGUGCAGAAAGUUGGGUCCAAGGCUUCCUGAAAGUCACUUUUCACGCGGAAAAUGACGUUAUUCGAGACAUUGAUCUCACACCUAGCGGUUACAUGAAAUUGGAACAUGGAUCGACAGUCCGAAUGGUCGUCGCUCAUCCGGCCGGUGCAUCCGGUGAACUUGGGAAAAUUCGACGCGUCGAGCUUUCAUGGACCUACGAUAUGGACGUGUUACAACCAAAGUCGCUCUGCUUCUUCUGGUGUAACGAUCGCCUCUACGUCAACAGCGUCACAGUGGACGUUAUGGAAAUCCCGGGAAGAGGGAAAAGAGAAGCAGACUUCACCAGCAGGCUCUGUUCGGCAAGUAGACAGGAGUACGCAGAAAUUGCCAGCGGUUCCACCGCGUCUUUCGUCGACAACUGCUGACAACGUCUUCAACUUAAUUUAACAUGCAUCUGAGUACAACGUGAUAGUUUGCGGUUCUCGUUCCUGUGAAAAGUAUAGAAAUUAAAGUGCGAUCUAGUGCAUAUCUAACGAUAAGAAUCAGCAGCAUGAAUAAUGAAAAUUAUGGCAGAGUCUACGAAGAUCGGCUGAAACCUGUAUUUCACAAUGAUGUAUUUCAUUCAGAAUACGUCCACGAGUUUUCGUUUAAAAAAGAAGAAAACAAGGCAAGAUUCGUUUCGACAAAAAAUUUAUUUAAAAAAAAAAAAAAACAA